AAACACCUCAUUUCUUUGAGAAUAAGGCCAUUCUUGAGCGACAUACAGAGAGAUUACGGGAACUUCGAUCAUUAACUCUAUGGGAUGAGCGAUUACAGAGAGAAGAGGAGGAGUUUCAGUCCGAGUACAAUUUGGACGAUCUUGAGACAAACGUCUCUCAAUUAAAGAGUGAAGUUCAAAAUCUACAUACAGACUUGAAUAACUUGGAAGAUCUUUCUAACUUAAAGAAGACAGCAGAAAACAUGCUCGGGCUGGAGGCAGAAGUAGAGCAGCUGAGCAAAGAAAUAAUGACUAGUGAAAUAAAUCUCGCAGAUUCUGGUUCGGUAUCGGAUCCUGUGAGAACAACAAGUGAACUGCAGGAAAUUGAACAAGACAUUAAUAAGAUUCAAGACGAAAAUGUUAAGAUUCAAAAAAUGAAAAUUACGAAAAUGCAACAAGUGUCACAAUAUACAAAAAUUUGUCAAAGUCUUCAAGAUCAAAUCACAGAGAGAGAGAGAUAUUUAAAAGAUGCUACCGAGAAGAUGACCCUUGCAGAAGAGGCAGAAGCGUCAAGUAAGAGAGCGCAACGCGAAAAAGAGGAAGUAGACAAGCAAAUU